GGAUUAGAGUUUAAUCCGUGAGAAAAGAGAGGAGAGUCAGGACGACUCAACAGAUCACUACUGAAAACAGAGAACGCGAACAGGUCCAGAACUAGAUGCGAUUUCAAAAAAAACAAACAACUUUUUGGAUAACAAUAAUAGCGUGAAACAGAAACUGGAAAUUCAAAUAACAUUACAUAUAUCUAUAUAUUUCCCCCUGUCUUGCAUUUCCUGGCUCGGCUGCUUUUCAUCCUCCGGUAAAGCCUGACAGCAGCUGGGGUCGCUCCGAGAGCCAAGGACGCCAAAUUCAGCGGUUUCUCAGACACUCCGGACUUCCUGUUCCUCACAGUAUACUGUAUGUGACUCUACACGGUGCAGACGAGUUUUUUUUUUUGCUUUCCACAGGAGCAGCCAUUUACUUUGACUAUUAGCCGAGACGUAGCUAGCCUGCUAGCUAACUCUAUUAGCUAGGUGGUUAGCUACGCGUAGGAAUUACAUCUGGGUUUUGGUGAGCGAAGACACUUUGGACCAUGUCGACCAAGGACCAGAACAAACUCUCCACCCUUGAGCGGCCCAUUAAAGCGGUGCCGUAUCCCCCGACGACGCGCCUCACCAUGAAGGAGCUGUAUGAAGACGGUCGGCCCAAAGUGGAGCUGCUGAAGGCUCACCUGCUGAAGGAGGGACGGCUGGACGAGGACGUGGCGCUGCGCAUCAUCAAUGACGGAGCCAGCAUCCUGCGCCAUGAGAAGUGCAUGCUGGAGGUGGAGGCACCCAUUACAGUGUGUGGAGACGUUCACGGACAGUUCUUUGACCUGAUGAAGCUGUUCGAGGUCGGUGGUUCCCCCAACAACACGCGCUAUUUAUUCUUGGGCGAUUAUGUGGAUCGAGGUUACUUCAGCAUCGAGUGUGUGCUGUAUCUGUGGGCCCUGAAGAUCAACCACCCCACCACACUCUUCCUCCUCCGAGGAAACCACGAGUGCCGGCACCUCACAGAGUACUUUACCUUCAAACAAGAGUGCAAGAUAAAGUAUUCGGAGCGUGUGUAUGAUGCGUGUAUGGAGGCGUUCGACUGUUUGCCUCUGGCCGCACUGUUGAAUCAGCAGUUCCUGUGUGUGCACGGCGGCCUGUCACCUGAAAUCAGCUGCCUCGACGACAUUCGCAAGUUAGACCGGUUUAAGGAGCCACCAGCUUUCGGGCCGAUGUGUGACCUGCUUUGGUCAGAUCCUGGCGAGGAUUAUGGCAGUGAAAAAACACAGGAGCAUUUCUGCCACAACAGUGUGAGAGGCUGCUCUUACUUCUACAGUUAUCCUGCUGUGUGUGAUUUCCUGAUGAACAAUAACCUGUUGUCGAUAAUCCGAGCGCACGAAGCCCAGGACGCAGGGUACCGAAUGUACAGAAAAAGCCAGACGACGGGGUUCCCAUCAUUAAUCACAAUCUUCUCAGCACCAAACUACUUAGAUGUUUAUAAUAAUAAAGCUGCUGUGUUGAAAUACGAGAAUAACGUCAUGAAUAUCCGUCAGUUUAACUGCUCUCCUCAUCCAUACUGGCUGCCGAACUUCAUGGACGUUUUUACGUGGUCUUUGCCUUUUGUCGGCGAGAAAGUGACUGAGAUGCUGGUGAACGUGUUGAACAUUUGCUCUGAUGAUGAGCUCAUGUCAGAAGGAGACGACACCUGUGAAGGUGGCGCUCCAGCUGUCCGUAAGGAGGUGAUUAGGAAUAAAAUCCGUGCCAUCGGCAAAAUGGCCCGAGUUUUCUCCGUACUUAGGGAGGAGAAUGAGAGUGUGCUACAGCUGAAGGGUUUGACCCCCACUGGGACAUUGCCACUCGGGGUGCUUUCUGGGGGCAGGCAGACGCUGCAGAGCGCCACCGUAGAAGCAGCCGAGGCCCGAGCUAUUCAAGGCUUCAACCCUCAGCACAAGAUCCAGAGUUUCGAGGAGGCGCGCGGUUUGGAUCGGAUAAACGAAAGAAUGCCUCCGCGAAAGGACUCGACGGCCAACUCCAUCAACGCCGACAAGAACGGCACCAACGCACAGGCGUAGUCUCCCUCUCACCCUGUUUCUCUCUCUCUCUCUCUCUCUGUCUCGCUCAUCUUAAAUUCACUCCUGGACCAUUUUGUGAGAGAACAGAACCAACACACAGGCGUAGUCCCACUCCAGGUCAAAAAAAAAUAAAAAUAAAAAAUAAACUUCCUCCCCCCGUCUCUUCAUCUCUAUCAAAUUUCUCCUGGACAAAACGGCACAACACCGUUUAAAAAAAAAAAUUUGUUUUUAUUUAUUUAUUGAUAUAUAAGAAAUUAAGUAUAUAAUGUUGAAAAAAAUUAAGAUAAAUAAUUACAAUGAGUAUUCAGAGUAUAAAACACAGUAUGUAUAAAUAUAUAAAUAGCCUUGGAUUGGUGUCAUCACAGCUGAAAUCCAUUUUGUAAUUUUUAAUUCAUGAUUAGAAUUUUUUUCCCUUUUUUUUUUUUUUUUUUUUUUUUUUUAAAUCGGAAAUAUAUACAUUGUGUACGCGCUUGGCAAGUCGGCACUCAUCUAGUGCAGAUAUUUGUGAGUUCCCAAGAUAAACUUUCGAAGUCUUGGGUUGGGGACACAAAUAAAAAUAAUAAUAAAGCUUUCAUUUAGUGAAAUGCUUCUGUUUAAAAGAAAAAAAAAGAAAAGCCAAUGAUGGAGCGCAUGGCUGACUCAAGUGUUCGUGUGUGUGUGUGCGUGUUUUAAAGUGUUCCUACACUUGAAUGUUUUUCAAUUUUUUUAUUUUUGUUGUUAUUCUUUAAAUCUGACAGCCCAGUUUGGAAAUCAGUGGACAAAAUGAAGCAACGCAGUCACGGAAACCAAAAUGCAAAAGUGGUGGAUUGAGUGUGUGCGUGUUUCUCCCGUCACAUGCCGCUCUUGCCUGCUCAGUAGAUAUUUGCCGAUGUUAGUUAGACAGGAUGUGAUGUAUCCCUUAUUUUGGACAAAUUUGGAGUGUCGCCAUGUGUCGUCGUCCUCAAAAAUAAAAUUAAAUAAAAACAAUUUCCUACAUGGUGAGAUGAUGGUGAGUGAUGAGAUGACUUUUUCUGGAAAAAAAAAAAAAACAGGUACUGAUCUGCCCCUGUACUCUGUGGUCGCUGAGGUGGAAAUGUCAAGUGUAAACCUUUUAUACCUUCACUGUGCACGUAGAAAGGCGCAUGUAGUCUCGCUCUUCGUCAUUAAUGAGGUAAUUACAGUCCAAAGAUUUGUAUUAAUGGUGUGAAAGAGAAAGCAACAGCGAAAGGUAAAGUGUAUACCUGAGCGUCGUAUUUUUUCAAAUAUUUAAGUUAUUCUAUGAAAUCGAGUCGUCCAUGAGCUGAUAAUCGACGAGGCGCGUAGCACCAAGUCGGCUGUAAUCCAUGUACGCCGAGAUUGAGCGGAAUGGCUGUUUUAUUCUGUCCACAUUCACUGGAUUUUGAGAAACUGAGCUUUUUUUUUUUUUUUUGCAAAUUUGAUAAAUUAAAAACUUCAUACAAAACGUCUGAUAAAAUCGCUUAGAAUGUAAAACUGGCGAAAUGACCGGAGCAACUUGUGAAAAAUGCGAUGAUGAUGCUUGAAAAAAGAUGCGUUCUUACCAUCAAAUACUUUUACUCCACGUUUUGUUGUUUUUUGUAUUUUUUGGGGUUUUGUUUUCGGGAAGAGUUUUUAUUUCGUCCUCUGUUCGUUCAGCAACACGCUCCGCCGUUUUGUUUUUCUCUACUCACGCUAUGCGAGCUGAUAUCCUAGUAGUAGAGUAGCCAAUCAGAGCGCACGAUUGCUCAUAUCCAGUAAAUGUGGAUAGAAUAAAAUAUCCGAUACAUCAGCAUAUGUCUACUGCACAAGGCUGAGGUGUUUAGUUUAAUGAAUUAAGUAUGACGUUUUUGGGGAAAAGACUUCUGGAAUAAAAGAGGGAGGGAAAAAUCAACAUUCAUUAAAAAAAAUAAUAAUAAUAAAAAUCUAGCAUGCAUGCCUUACAUUUCAACAGAUUUCCCAUAAUGCCAUGUUGUUCCUGCCUUUCUUUCCCUCCCCCUGCCUAUCUUAUUUUUUUUUUUUUAAAUCUAGAUAGUUCUAUUUGCUGUUCUGUGGUGGUGGUUGUUAUUAUUAUUAUUAUUAUUUAAUGCAAAGCCAGUUUCACUCCAGUGACACUUUCGGACGAGCUUCUCUUCUCUUUCCUCCCCCACUUUCUGUUCACUCUGCAGUCAUGCUUGUUAACUUUGACAUCAGGGACCAAUUCCCUCACUGAAGUGCUAAUCAACUGCUUUUUUUUUUUUCUUUUUUCUUUUUUUUUUUAAACCGACUCCUUCACUGUUGUCUCAUUAAUAGGUUUAAUGCAUCGCUUUUCCAUUCUGUGGAGAGGCACCAUGUCGUAUACCUACAUUAGGAUUUGUGUCCGUGACCGAUUUUGUGCAUUUUGGCCAGAUAUUUGGGGGGGAGAGAAUAUUGACGAUAAUGAGGUUGGAGGAAAAUUGAACCGCCAGAGGAGACGACAAAGAAAAUUCCAAAGCAAAGCUGUAACGUAUUACGUCCUCCAGAUUACAGAUUCACUCAGCGCUUGCAAUCGGCGCUAAUGAAGUUUAUAAGGUGAAUAAGCUUUUAUUAUUUCCUGAAAAGUCAGUGAAGGGUCUCAUCCAAAAACAGAUCAGGUGUAUUUAUUAUAGGAGCUACAGAGCAGUGCAUUGUGGGAAGUGCUGCAGUACAAGCACUGAAAGGUUAAAUCAGAAAAUCGGGCAUUUGGGUGGAAAAUCAACAAUUUUUUUUUUUCUGCGCUUUUUCCUUUUCUCCAUACGUUUGCUGAUUGUGUUGUCCCUGUUCUCGACAAAAUGGGUCCGCUGACUCCAAAGGCUUUUUUUUUUUUGCUGCUGUUUAUUUUUCUGUAGUUUUAUUUCCCUCCCCUCCUUGCCUGAUGUAAAGGGGAACUGUGGCGUGGUGUGUGUGACUGUAUUUAGGGCUUUUUUGCAUUUUGCGUUAUUAAGGAGUUGAAUGGAGAGAUGCUCCGCCUCAGGAGGGCUUCAUUUCUGACUUCUGUUAUGGAUUCCAAACAUAUCUUACAGAAUGUACAGAAAAUUAAUGUCUAUUAGGAUUUUUAUUUCUUAAUAGCUGAUAAAAGAUUUUUUUUUUUGUCAAGUACUUGUAUUGCAAGGCCUCAACAAAUCUUGAUUUAUGUAGAUGUAUCGCACCAUUAGAGGAAAAAAACAAAAAGAAACGAAAAAGAAAUAUAUAAAAAGUUGAGGAAAGGAAA